UGCGGUGUAGAUACUCUAAUCGGGUGCUUCUCCCCGACGCCGUCUUCGCAGAAUCUACAUCGCGGCCGAGCCGUCCAUCCGCCCACGCCCACACUAUAAGGUAAAUCCGGUGCCAGAGGACAAGCCGCACGCACCACCACCUUCUCCCCUGCCACGCGAUGCCUCUGCCGCCGCCGCCGAGGAAGCUGGGGAUUUCCGGUGGGCGCUUUUUCGCUUCCCUCCCGCCGGCACCGCUUCUGCAGUCUAGAAGAGAGGUGCAUGUUUGGUAUCUUUGCCCUGAUGAGCUGAAUGAUGACUCCCAACUGAAGAUGUAUGAAGAACUCCUUUCUCCUGCUGAAAAAAAGCAUGCUAAUGAAAAAAUGUUGCAGAAAGAUGCUAUGUUGUCCUAUGCACUGAGGCAAACUACCCUCGCAAGAUAUACAGAAUGUAAAAUUGAUCCGAGAUCGUUUGAGUUUAAGUAUAACAAAUUUCGCAAACCUGAGAUACUGUGGCCACCUGAUGAUAGCACUGUGGAGCGGCAUUUGCAUUUCAACAUUUCACACGCUACUUCUAUGAUUGCCUGUGGCGUUGCCAUGCAUGCUCAUAUCGGCAUUGACGUUGAAGAGAAGAAGCGGAAGACAACCAAGAGAAGCAUAUGUAAAGGCUCUUGGAUUGGGUAUAUCUCCGGUUUUUCAAUCAUGUUGGAAACAAGUAAAGGAAUUCGGAUAUCUAAGGUAUGUAGUUUCGAACGUUUUCUUUUUAUUGGUGUCUUUCACAUAUGGUGCAUGCAUGUUGGAACUCCGGAAUUCUGUGUCAACAAAAAAUACACAUGAUAUUUUGUGAUGCCUUCUGACAUGUGGGUCUCCUGAUCGCUAAUAUUUCUUUGCCCCAACUGUCAGGUGUCAUGUUACGUGAAUUUUGAAGUAAUAGUAUCGUCUUUUUAUGCAUCAUAGUACAUUGCAUAAGUCAUAUAUUCCUCCAAUUCAGAAAAUAUGAGAUCUUUCUGGAAUUGCUUGAUUUUGUUAUCCUUUAAAUAAAAAUCAAGCAAAUUCCAGAAAACAAUACAAUUUAAAGCAUGUAUAAUUUAAUAAAAAAACAUCUUUGAUGUGUUUGAAACACGAUAAGUAAGAUUUUCUUUUAAAAGUCAACAAAGAAAAAUGAUAUUAACUAUGCAAAAAAAUACCAAAUCAACUCUGAAAUAGUUAGAAAAAUUCCACUAUGCAUAAAUAACAUGUAAAAUCAUGUCAACAUGUAUAGUCAACUUAUUUGAAGUUUCUAGUUCCCAAGGUGAGCCGAUUCGCUGGGUUUGGAGCCCAAAUUUUUCCAAAGAUUAAUAUGAUUUUUAAGUUUUUAAAAUUACAAUAAGUCCAAACAGUUGCCGAAAAAUGCUAAAUCAACUCAAAAAGGUGUAAAAUGUUAGAAGUGCUCAAUUAAUAUGUAUGUUCCAACAAUUAAUUAAAGCAAGCAAUGUGCCCAUGUCAAUACAUACUCAUAUGAGUAUAUGGAUGGAUGAGA